GCGCCCCCGGCUGCGCGCGGCUCCCGGGAUCCCCGGCCUGGGCGCGGGCGGGCGGCCGGCAAAGUUGAGCCCGGGCCGCGGGCGGUGGGCGCUGCUGGCGCUACUGUUGCACUUGCUCCCGGCGCUGGCACAAGAUGAUGUUGCACCAUAUUUUAAAACGGAGCCAGGCCUGCCACAGAUCCACCUGGAAGGGAACCGCCUUGUGCUCACCUGUCUGGCAGAAGGGAGCUGGCCUCUGGAGUUCAAGUGGAUGCGCAAUGACAGUGAGCUCACCACCUACAGCAGCGAAUAUAGAUACAUCAUUCCAUCUUUACAGAAGCUGGAUGCCGGAUUUUACCGCUGUGUGGUACGGAACAGGAUGGGAGCUCUUUUGCAGAGAAAAUCAGAAGUUCAAGUGGCCUAUAUGGGAAAUUUCCUGGACACAGACCAGAGGAAAACAGUUUCUCAAGGGCAUGCGGCAGUUCUAAACCUUCUUCCCAUCCCCAGCCGCCCUAGACCGCAAGUGACUUGGUUUAAAGAAGGACACAAGAUUAUCCCAAGCAGCAGAAUAGCCAUCACGCUGGAGAAUCAGCUUGUGAUCCUUGCCACAACAGCAAGUGACUCGGGGGCUUACUACGUGCAGGCUGUGAAUGAGAGGAAUGGAGAGAAUAAGACAAGUCCUUUCAUCCAUCUGAGUGUAGCACGAGACACUGGCACCCCUGAAGCCAUGGCCCCCAUCAUCGUGAUUGCCCCGGGAAACAGGAGUGUGGUGGCAGGCUCCAGUGAGACUACCUUGGAGUGCAUAGCCAAUGCCAGGCCCGUGGAGGAGCUGAGCAUGCACUGGAAGAGAAAUGGAGUACGACUCACAAGUGGGCUGCACAGCUAUGGGAGGCGCCUCACCAUCAGCAACCCCACAUCGGCAGACACAGGGCUGUAUGUGUGUGAGGCAACGCUGCAGGGGAGCGCAUUCGAGCCAGCCAGGGCCAAAGCCUUCCUCUCCAUCAUAGAGCCACCAUAUUUCACUGCUGAACCUGACAGUCGGAUUUUAGGUGAAGUGGAAGAAACUGUGGACAUCCCUUGUCAAGCCAUGGGGGUUCCUCUUCCCACCCUCCAGUGGUACAAGGAUGCUGUCCCCCUCAGCAAGCUCCAGAAUCCUAGGUAUAGAGUACUUCCCAGUGGAGGCUUGCACAUCCAGAAGUUGUGUCCAGAAGACUCCGGAAUCUUCCAGUGCUUUGCCAGUAAUGAAGGAGGGGAGACCCAGACCCACACCUACCUGGAUGUGACCAAUGUCGCUCCUACCUUCACCCAGCGUCCAGUGGACACCACAGUUACUGACGGGAUGACUGCUGUCCUGAGAUGUGAAGUGUCUGGGGCUCCCAAACCCGCCAUCACCUGGAAGAGAGGGAGCCACAUUCUGGCCAGCGGCUCUGUCCGGAUUCCCAGGUUCAUGUUGCUGGAAUCUGGGGGCCUGAGGAUAGCCCCUGUCUUCAUCCAGGAUGCUGGCAACUACACCUGCUAUGCAGCCAACACCGAGGCCACCCUGAACGCGUCUGCCUCACUCACCGUGUGGAAUCGAACUUCCAUCGUUCACCCUCCAGAGGACCGUGUGGUGAUUAAGGGAACCACAGCCACCCUGCACUGCAGAGCCACCCACGACCCACGGAUUUCCCUCCGCUACGUCUGGAAGAAGGACAACAUGGUUAUCACACCAUCUGGCAGCUCGAGAAUCGUGGUGGAGAAGGAUGGGUCCCUUCUCAUCAGUCAGACGUGGUCAGGGGACAUUGGGGACUACACUUGUGAAAUUAUAUCUGAGGGAGGAAAUGACUCCAGAACAGCACGGUUGGAAGUGAUUGAGCUGCCUCACCCACCUCAAAACCUCCUGGCUGGCUUGAGCUCCUCACGCAGCCACUCGGUGACACUGUCCUGGGUUCGGCCCUUUGAUGGAAACAGCCCAGUCCUUUACUACAUCGUGGAACUCUCUGAAAAUAACUCUCCUUGGAAAGUGCGCCUGUCAAACGUCGGCCCUGAGAUGACAAGUGUCACCGUGAGCAGCCUGACUCCAGCCCGCACCUACCAGUUCAGAGUGUGCGCUGUGAACCAAGUAGGCAAGGGCCAGUACAGUGCAGAGACCAGCAGGUUGAUGCUACCCGAAGAGCCACCCAGUGCUCCCCCCAAAAACAUCGUGGCCAGCGGGCGAACCAACCAGUCCAUCAUGGUGCAGUGGCAGCCGCCCCCUGAAACAGAGCACAAUGGGGUGCUGCGGGGCUAUAUCCUCAGGUACCGCCUGGCUGGCCUGCCUGGGGGACACCAGCAAAGGAACAUCACCAGCCCCGAGGUGAACUACUGCCUGGUGACUGACCUCAUCAUCUGGACGCAGUACGAAAUUCAGGUGGCUGCCUACAAUGGAGCAGGUCUGGGCGUCUUCAGCAGGGCAGUGACAGAGUACACUUUACAAGGAGUGCCUACAGCACCCCCGCAGAACGUGCAGGCAGAAGCUGUGAACUCUACCACCGUGCAGUUCCUGUGGAACCCGCCCCCUCAGCAGUUCAUCAACGGCAUCAACCAGGGAUACAAGCUUCUAGCAUGGCCAGCAGAUGCCCCAGAGACUGUCACUGUAGUCACCAUUGCACCCGACUUCCACGGAAUCCACCAUGGCUAUAUAACCAAUUUGAAGAAGUUCACAGCCUACUUCACAUCAGUCCUGUGUUUUACCACCCCGGGGGACGGGCCUCCAAGUGCGCCUCAGCUCCUGUGGACCCACGAGGACAAACCUGGAGCUGUGGGCCACCUGAGCUUCACAGAGAUCCUGGACACAUCGCUCAAGGUCAGCUGGCAGGAGCCACUGGAGAGAAACGGCAUCAUUACAGGCUAUCAGAUUUCCUGGGAGGUGUAUGGGACGAACGACUCUCGGCUCACACAUACCCUCAACAGCACCACCCAUGAGUACAAGAUCCAAGGGUUGUCGUCCCUCACCACCUACACCAUCGAUGUGGCUGCUGUGACAGCCGCGGGCGUGGGCCUGGCCACAUCAUCCACCAUCUCUUCGGGAGUGCCCCCAGACCUUCCUGGUGCUCCAUCCAACCUGGUCAUUUCCAACAUCAGCCCUCGCUCAGCCACUCUUCAGUUCCGACCCGGCUACGAUGGAAAGACAGCCAUCUGCAGGUGGAUUGUGGAGGGGCAGGUUGGUGCCAUAGGGGAUGAGGAGGAGUGGGUCACCCUCUAUGAGGAAGACAACGAACCUGAUGCCCAGAUGCUGGAGAUUCCAAACCUCACGCCAUAUACCCACUACAGGUUUCGAAUGAGGCAGGUGAACAUCGUAGGUCCUAGCCCCUUUAGCCAGUCAUCCCGGGUCAUCCAAACCCUGCAGGCCCCACCUGAUGUGGCUCCAACCAGUAUCACAGUCCGGACAGCCAGUGAGACCAGCCUACGGCUUCGCUGGGUGCCCCUGCCGGAUUCCCAGUACAAUGGGAACCCCGAGUCCGUGGGCUACAGGGUGAAGUACUGGCGCUCAGACCUCCCAUCCUUGGCACUAGCCCAAGUUGUCAACGACCGGCUGGAGAGGGAGGUGACCAUUGAAGAACUGGAGGAGUGGACAGAGUACGAGCUGAGGAUGCAGGCCUUCAACGCCAUCGGGGCCGGGCCCUGGAGCGAGCUGGUGCGGGGCAGGACACGGGAAUCAGUUCCCUCGGCUGCCCCUGAAAACGUGUCCGCAGAGGCUGUCAGUUCAACCCAGAUCCUAUUGACGUGGGCUUCUGUCCCUGAGCAGGACCAAAAUGGGCUCAUCCUGGGCUACAAGAUUCUAUACCGGGCCAAAGACCUGGACCCUGAACCCAGAAGCCACGUCGUCCGAGGGAACCACACACAGUCGGCCCUGCUGGCCGGCCUGCGAAAGUUCGUGUUGUAUGAACUCCAGGUGCUGGCCUUCACACGCAUUGGGAAUGGGGUCCCCAGCUCGCCCCUCAUCCUGGAGCGCACCAAAGAUGACACUCCAGGCCCCCCAGUGCGGCUGGUGUUCCCCGAAGUGAGGCUCACUGCAGUGCGGAUUGUGUGGCAGCCCCCAGAGGAACCCAACGGUGUGAUUCUGGGGUACCAGAUCGCCUACCGCCUGGCCAGCAGCAGCCCCCAAACCUUCACCACCGUGGAGGUGGGCGCCACGGUGCGGCAGUUCACAGCCACUGAGCUGACCCCUGAGUCUGCGUACAUCUUCAGGCUGUCUGCCAAGACGAGACAGGGCUGGGGGGAGCCUCUGGAAGCCACGGUCCUCACCACUGAAAAGAGAGAGAGACCAGCACCACCCAGAGAGCUCCUGGCACCCCAGGCAGAGGUCACAGCACGCAGCCUCCGGCUCCAGUGGGUCCCUGGCAGCGAUGGAGCCUCCCCAAUCCGGUACUUCACUGUGCAGUUUCGAGAGCUGCCUGGAGGAGAGUGGCAGACGUACUCCUCGUCCAUCAGCCACGAGGCCACAGCCUGUGCGGUUGAAAGACUGAGGCCUUUCACCUCCUACAAGCUGCGCCUAAAAGCCACCAAUGAUAUUGGGGACAGCGACUUCAGUGCAGAGACGGAGGCCGUGACCACAUUGCAAGACGUUCCAGGAGAGCCUCCAGGGUCUGUCUCAGCGACACCACACACCACUUCCUCUGUUUUGAUCCAGUGGCAGCCUCCUCGGGAUGAGAGUCUGAACGGCCUUUUACAGGGCUAUAGGAUUUACUACCGGGAGCUGGAGUCGGAGGCAGGCAUGGGCCCUGAGGCCAAGACACUCAAGAGUCCGUCAGCUUUACGUGGUGAACUCACAGCCCAGAGCAGCUUCAAGACCGUGAACAGCAGCUCCACAUUAACGACAUAUGAAUUAACACAUCUAAAGAAGUACCGGCGCUAUGAGGUCAUCAUGACCGCCUACAACAUCAUUGGUGAGAGCCCAGCCAGUGCACCUGUGGAGGUCUUCGUUGGGGAGGCUGCCCCAGCGAUGGCCCCACAGAACAUCCAGGUGACCCCGCUCACAGCCAGCCAGCUGGAGGUCACAUGGGACCCACCACCCCCGGAGAGCCAGAACGGGAACAUCCAGGGCUAUAAGAUCUACUACUGGGAGGUGGACAGCCGGAACGAGACAGAGAAAAUGAAGGUCCUUUUCCUGCCCGAGCCCAUGGUGAAACUCAAGAACCUCACCAGCCACACCAAAUACCUAGUCAGCAUCUCAGCCUUCAAUGCUGCUGGUGACGGGCCCAGGAGUGACCCACGUCAAGGACGUACACAUCAAGCUGCUCCUGGGGCCCCCAGCUUCUUGGCGUUCUCAGAAAUAACCUCCACCACGCUCAAUGUGUCCUGGGGCGAGCCAGCAGCAGCUAACGGCGUCCUGCAGGGCUAUCGGGUGGUGUAUGAGCCCUUGGCACCUGUGCAAGGCGUCAGCAAGGUGGUGACCGUGGACGUGAAAGGGAACUGGCAGCGCUGGCUGAAGGUUCGGGACCUCACCAAGGGAGUGACCUAUUUCUUCCGUGUCCAAGCAAGAACCAUUGCCUAUGGGCCGGAGCUGCAAGCCAAUGUCACAGCCGGGCCAGCUGAGGGCUCCCCAGGCUCACCCAGAAAUGUCCUGGUCACCAAAUCUUCCUCUGAGCUGACCCUACAGUGGACAGAGGGAAAUGCUGGGGACACACCCACCGCAGGCUACGUCAUAGAGGCCCGGCCGUCAGAUGAAGGGUUAUGGGACAUGUUCGCGAAGGACAUUCCCCGUAGUGCCACAUCAUUCACCGUGGGCUUGGACAAGCUGCGUCAAGGAGUGACCUACGAGUUCCGGGUGGUGGCUGUGAAUACGGUGGGCUUUGGGGAGCCCAGCCGCCCCUCCACAGCUGUGUCAGCCCAGGCAGAAUCCCCGUUCUACGAGGAAUGGUGGUUCCUGCUGGUGAUGGCUCUCUCCAGCCUCCUCCUCGUCCUGCUGGUGGUAUUCGCGCUGGUCCUCCAUGGGCAGAGCAAGAAGUACAAGAACUGCGGCACAGGGAAAGGAAUCCCCAACAUGGAGGAAUCAGUGACACUGGAUAAUGGAGGAUUUGCUGCCUUAGAGCUCAACAGCCGCCAUCUCAGUGUUAAGAACACCUUCUCGAAGAAAAAUGGGACAAGGUCCCCACCCCGGCCGAGCCCUGGAGGUCUGCACUACUCAGAUGAGGACAUCUGCAAUAAGUACAACGGAGCUGUGCUGACUGAGAGCAUGAACCUCAAGGAGAAGUCGGUGGAUGGGUCGGAGUCCGAGGCCUCCGACUCCGACUAUGAGGAUGCCCUGCCCAAACACUCCUUCGUUAACCACUACAUGAGCGACCCCACCUACUACAACUCUUGGAAGCGGCGGCCCCCCACCUCUGCCCCACACAGGUACGAGGCGGUGGCUGGGGCUGAGUCAGGCCAGCAACUACACACCGUCAUCACCACACAGAGUGCAGGCGGAAUCUACACACCAGCCGGCCCUGGAACCCGGGCCCCUCUCACCGGCUUCUCUUCCUUUGUGUGACAUCAUGCCCCCAACAGGGUAGACCGGUGCAGAACUUCCGGAGUCUAUUUUUGUUAAGACAAUCAACUCCGAUAACUGACCUGAAAUUUUUCUUUAAAAAAAAUAAUAAUAAUUCUGAUAAGCGAUGAUGUUACCUACUUGGUGAAAACUAGAUUUCACUUAGGAAGGUUUUUUUAAUGGCUUUUUGUAACAUUGCUGCAGGAAGCAAGCUUGUUUGGUUUCUUUUCUUUUUAAGAGAAGGUCUCUCCCUGGUGCAAUAGCUUGGCACCGCAGGCCAGGGGCUCUCUUGACAUACCCUAGGCCCGGGAUGUCGCUGGUCUGUAAACCAACUGAGGAGGAGACAGUGGGACAGGAGUAGGUAAAGCGUGUCUGAGGGCCACUUGUCUCUCUACCUCCCUUGUAGACCCAGCCAGCCUGGAUCACAUUCUCCAUCUUAGGACAACCCUGAGCUCCUUGCUCGCCUGAGAGUUAAAGAGUUCAUCUUUUGCUUUGAGCUCUGAGCAGUUCUCAACAGGGUCCAGGCAAGGUUCAACAUUACUGUUAGGAUGGAUGUCCGGGAGGGCGACUGUGCAAGUGACCUGUGGCCGGGAGAGCUCAGCUUUGUAGCUGUUUUAGUGUAGGGGAAGCCUCUGAGACUCCCCUUUCCUCCCUUCUUUCAAACUGACAGUUCCAAGAACAGGAAGUCCCGCCCCCCAGGGCCCAGGGCCAGCCAGGUCCUUCCCCCAAUGCAUACACAGCACACAGCCCAUCCCCGCUGAGCGAGAGAGCAGCGGAGUUGCAUUUUCUUUUCUUUUUUUCUUUUUUGCAGAGUUGUUUGUCGGGUAGCAGAUGUGCAUUGUUGAACCAGAGUAUUUUUUAAACCUUUUUAUCUUUUUUUAAACUGUGUCACAUGAAAUGAAUGCGGCUUGGCUGUCUCCAGGUGCCUUUUUAUUAACUGUUCAGCUUUGUACGUGGGAAAGCCGAGAAGCAACCGUGUGUGUCUCCAAAUAAAACACAAAAAGCAACCCAGGCCCUGAGUUACCCAGUGCACCCCACACCCGUGCACAUGCACUCUCCGGCUGCUGUCCCUUGCUUCUGACACCCCUCCCCCCAUCCAAGGCCAGCUUUUUUAGCCUUAACAGGUUUUCUGGAAACAUUUUUCUUUAUCGCUGUUCCUACGUUUUGGGCUAAAAUGCAACGGCGCAGACUCCUUUAGAAAGCGUGGCAUUCAGACCCCAGCCUUGCCUCCAGCAGUCCCAGAAUUUUUGUGGAAGAUUGCUGAGAUGCCCACACUCAACCACCAGCCCAGGCCCCAAGUCUGCAUGUGACCAGAUGGUGCCAGUCACAUGUGCCCCAGGGGUGGGGAAACGCUCCACAUCCAUGUGAGGAAGACAGAACAGUACAUCCCUGUGUACCCCCCACAGUGCUCAGGGAUGAGACAGGUCUGUCCUCCUGGGGAGCUUGUGCCCUGAGGCGGACUAGCUGGCCAGUGCCACCCUAAGGUGGGCUUAUUUUCCUUCACCUUCUCUGUGGGACAGGA